UUCACUUUACUGACACUGACACAUUCACACUGAUCACAUCUUGAGACAUAUUAGAAGGGAGGAAGCAGUCUGGCCAAAAUGGGCUCAACUACAGGAGAAGCUGACAUGUCAGGAACCUCUGGUGUGGACUCUGGAAGUAACUCGACCUUCCUGGAUUCUGAAUUUCGUUAUGCCCUCUUUCCCGUCGCCUACAGUAUCAUCUUUGUCAUUGGACUUGUUGAGAACAUCUACAUGCUGUAUGUCCUGCGCUGCCUCCGCGAAACCAAGAAUAUGGGCGAAAUCCGCAUCUACAUGAAAAACUUGACCAUCGCUGAUCUUCUAUUUGUGCUCGCUCUUCCCUUGUGGAUUGGCUAUUACAGUCGCCGAGGUGAUUGGGUCUACACAGACUUCAUCUGCCGACUUAGUGGUUCGUUGUUCUUCAUCAACACCUACUGCUCCGUCCUCUUCCUCGGAGCCAUCAGCGUCAACCGGUACUGGGCUGUCACCCAGCCUCUGGAUGCUGCCUCUUCGGACCACAGACGUCGUGGGAUCAUCGUGUGCGUCAUCAUCUGGGUGUUGACCGUGUCAAUGGCUGUUCCAUCCCUGAUAUCUCCAGGGACCAACCCUGACAAGAACUUCACUCGCUGUUUUGAGGGGUACCAGAAUCAAACAGAUUUAGAAAAGAAAAAAGUGGCUGCCCCUCAUUUUGCAAUAAUUGGAUUAUUUUUUGUUGUCUUUUUCCUUGUCGUGGUGUGUAAUUUCCUCAUUGCUCGGGCAUUACUUUCUCAAAGUCCCGGUCAGUCUAUGAUUAUAUCUAAAAAGUCCACCAGGACCACGUCUUCGACAUCUAGAAGACCCAGAGGCGUGAAACGGAGGGCCCUGCAGAUGUUGAUAGCUGUGGUGGGGGUGUUUGUUCUGUGUUUCCUGCCCCACCACAUCAUUCAAGGCCCUUGGACACUGGCAGUGUUGCAGAUCGAGGAGGGCUGGGGCCACGUAAAGUGGAGCGAGGAGACUCGUCAGGUGUUGAACGACGCGCAUCAGCUCACUUUAGUUCUCAUGGGCCUCAAUUGCAUUUUGGAUCCAAUAGUUUAUUGUUUUGCCACAAGGAAGUUCAGAAGAUUCAUCAUAGCCCACAUUAAAAAGUUUGGAAAGGGAGAGGGCUGUUCACAGACGGCCAACACACAGCUGUCCAUGGACAGCAGGAAUCAGAGCCUGAGACCCCAGAACGAGGACCAACAGCACAAAAUGGACUGAUUUAAACAAGGUAGAUAUGUUAGUGUAUGUGAAAGAGACAAGAGCACAUACAGCAUGAUGUUGCACCUAUAGCUGAUUGUCUGUGUGGUGUUUGUAGCUACACCCUCAGAAUCACUUUUUAAUGUGGGCUUACACAAAUAUCUUGACAUUCUAUCUUGUGGUCUGAACCGCAUCAGUCCUUUUGCACUUCCUGUGUGAGCCUGAGCUGAAAGGAGAAGUUUUGCAAGCAGAAGCACAUUAACGAAACACAUCUGGCUGAGAAAUCAACUUGCGAGAGAACGAACACACUGUUUAGAUAAUCCACCAGACGCUGUUGUGCUCUACGCAAGGCACUAAAAACAGAAAACAUAUAUUUAGAGUAUUUACAGACCAGUUGUCGAUGACUGUCUCCAUCAGAUACGUGACACGUUUGGCUUUGCCUAGGCAUGUUUUAUCUGGUUUUGUAAGACCAGGGAAUAUACAUAAUAAAGCUUGAGCUACAUUUCCCCUCUGGCGUCCAAUAUUGUGACAUACUGUAAAAUUAUCCCAUGAUUCACUGUGACAAGGAAAGCUAACGCUUAUCAUUAUUAUUCAGAUUUCUGCUGUAUUUACUGUGAGCCUACCUGCUGUUGCUGCAUUUUUUGUUUUCUUAUUAUCAAUGGCACAGUUUUUGUCAUCUUGGGUUGUUCUUUGAUCCGAAAGUGUGCUGUGUUGCUGGUUUGACUCCAUACGUAUUGAAAUAAAAGUUUUAUUUCUGUGUUCAA